AUGUCUUCAGCCAUCACCACUUCUUUGCUUAUGCUAGAAUACACCGGCACUCCAAAUCUCGUCGCCGAGGUCAUCGGCGCAAACCAUACAGCCACGGCAUUCGUACUGGACUGCGACAAGCCCAAACAUAAAAAGAUCUGGGAAGACGGUGAAUGUUAUAUUACCAAGAACACCGUCGUUCUCGGUCCGUGGGCCGAUAAGACACCUGCGCCCGGAGUUGUAACCACUGGUAUCCGGAGAGAAGGUACCGUCGACGAAGAUGAGAAAGAAGGCUACUCGUUCUCGAUCGAAUGCCAGAUGGAUUGUACGAUGUCCAUACUCUGCAAUACGACUAACCAUGCCCCGUUUACAUUCUUCGACGGUCGGGGGGUCACAGCGACGUAUACUAAACACGGCGACGUUGACGGGUUCUUCUAUGGUGAGUAUGGAUACUUUGGCUGGGCUCCUGUCACUGUCACAGCUGGUCGGUCGUAUCUUCUCUCUGCCAAGACUGCUGCUUUCACCGAGGCGGCCACAGCUACAAGUGUCUCUGAAACCGGCAAGGCUGGGGAAGCAACGACAUCGCACUUCGAGUAA